AUGGACUCGAUCGAAAAAGAAUCAGACAGUGGUCCAAGUAAUUCAGGACUAUCAGGAACAAGUUACGCAGACACAAACGUACAUGGCGUUGCAGGCGUUGAUAAUGGAUCUUUGAACGAUAGACAACAAGCAACAUUAGAUUCAAUCUUAUAUCCAGCAGAUUCUUAUACGGCCAAAACACAUACUUAUUGGGCAGAUUUACCUUUUUGGCAAAAAACGAAAUGGAUCAAUAAACAAAGUAAUGAAGAAGCAAAACGUGAAUUAGGCGUGAUCGGACGUAUGUUCAAAGAAGAUCCUUUAAGUCCUAUAAAUGCAUACUUUUCCAAUUAUGUCGUUACAGGUAUGGGUCUUUUGGUUGAAGGUUACGUUUUAUUCUCUGUUGGAAAUUUAACAACUCUCUUCAAAGCCGUUUGGCCAAACUGUUGGGGAAGCGCAAAACCAACUCAAUGCGAUCAUCAAUGGAUUCAUGCUGUUGAUUAUCUCGAAAUCGUUGGUAUCAUCUUUGGUCAAGUUUUGGUCGGUAUUGAAGGAGAUUGGAUUGGUCGUAGAUUCGGUAUGGUACAAGAUGCAUUGGUCAUGACAUUGGGAAGUAUCAUGUUGACGGCAAUGUGGGGCACAUCCUUGAACGGAUGGAUCAUCUGUUAUGCUUGGUCUUUGUUCAUCUAUGGUAUCGGUGUCGGAGGUGAAUACCCAAUGACUUCAACCAGAGCUAUGGAAGGCAGUGGAACGGGAACCGCCGCUACCACAGGUGAUCGUAUGCAUCGUGGAAGAAAGGUCGCUUUAGCAUUCACUAUGCAAGGUUGGGGACAAUUGUUGAACCAAGGAGUUCUACUUAUCCUCUUGCUCAUCUUCCAUGGUAGUUUGGACGCACCUUUCAGCAAGACAAGUACGCAGUAUGUCUUCCGCGUCUCUUUCGGUAUCAUCAUCCUUCCAACUUUGUACUUGGCUUAUUUGCGUUACUACAAGAUGAAGUACACAGACCGUGCAUUGAACCAAGCAAAGAGCAAGGCAAAGAACACAUCCGGAUAUAGCUGGACAACACUCAAAUUGGCCAGUGGACAUUAUUGGCACCGUAUGGUCGGAACUGCAAUCGUUUGGUUCAUCAAUGAUGUAUUGUUCUAUGGUUCAAAGAUCUUCUCUGGUGUCUUCAUUGCCCAAAUUACAGGCUCCACAGGUCCUUCUUCUCUGAAGACAAACUGGUUGUACAAUUUACUCAACGUCGGUGUAAGUUUGGUCGGAUACUACCUCGGCGCGCUCUUGAUCGAUCACAAGCAAUAUGGACGUAAAUGGAUGCAAACAAAUGGUUUGUUGUUCAUUGGUGUUAUCUUUGCCAUCUGUGCAGGUGCUUGGGACACAUUCAACCAACCUGGUGCUCCCACAAGAGCGUUCAUGGCAUUAUACUUCGUGAGUUCCUUCUUCACUCAAUUUGGACCUAACGUCACCUCCUUCUUGUUGGCAGCUGAAGUAUACCCAGCAGUUGUCCGUAGUACAGCCCAUGGUGUCAGUGCAGCUGCCGGUAAGUGCGGAGCCCUUAUGGUCGCUGUACUCUAUAACUACAUUGGAAACCGUACGAAGUUCUUUGUCGUCUUCCCUUUCGGUUUCCUCGGCGCGCUCCUGACGAUUAUUUUCGUUCCAGAUGUGACAAGUUUGGAUUUACGCGAACAAGAAAGAUAUUAUCAAUACGUCUUAGAAGGUCGUCAAAACGAAUAUCAUGGAGUUGCCGUUCAUCCUCGCCAUCUUUCAUUAUGGGAAAGAGUUGUUCUUAAACGUCAUUUGAACUAUGAUCCUGAAAAGGAUCAUGUGCAAAAGAUUAACGAAUUGCGCAAAUUAUAUCAAGAUACAAAAUCCGAAGAAAUUUCAACCGAAAAAGGCGGUGAAGGUAAAGGAAAAGAAGCACUCAGUGACGAUCAAAGAAUGUUACUCGAUUAUGAAUUGGACAGCUUCUUUGCCAAUGAAGAAAAGUUACGCGGUUAUCUUACCCGGAAUACUGGUACGAGUAACAACAACCGUGGACAUGAGAGCAAAUUGGCUAAUUUGGAAACCAAAUUGGGCUAGACACUUUCUUCGCCCCAUUUUUAACUCUUUUCUCAUCUCUCUUUUUCACUCAUCACAUCAUACAAACCUUGUAUAUGAGCGUAAUCAAACGCUUCUUGUUCUUAGAUAUAAUCUGCACUUAAUGAAUAAUAAAUAGCCUUGUUUAA